GGGCGACAUACCGUUCCUAAACAUUCACUGAAAGGUAUAAAAAGUGCACCUGGUGCGUUUCUCUCUCCCACUGGGUAGCAUUCUUCUUUGCUCCCAUCUGAAAGAUAUUUCUUUGUUAGAAUGGAGAUAGAGGUGGCAAAUAAUGAUGGCGGUGGCAAUGAUGGUGGAACCAACCUUGAGGCAGCUGCUUUCUCAAGAAGUGGAAAUGAAGGAAGCAUGUAUUUGGUCUGGGAAGAUCUGACUGUAUUCCUGCCAAAUUUUGGAAGUGGACCUACUAGAAGAUUGAUUGAUGGACUCAAUGGGUGUGCUGAACCUGGAAGGAUCAUGGCUAUCAUGGGUCCAUCCGGGUCCGGGAAAUCAACUCUUCUUGAUGCAUUAGCAGGUCGACUUUCAGGAAAUGUUGUCAUGACUGGGAAAGUUCUUCUCAAUGGGAAAAAGAAGAGGCUAGACUAUGGUGGUGUUGCUUAUGUAACACAAGAGGACAUAUUGUUGGGAACUUUAACAGUAAGAGAAACCAUAUCAUACUCGGCUCAUUUGAGGCUCCCAUCUACAAUGACCAAAGAAGAGAUCAAUGGCAUUGUAGAGGGAACAAUCAUGGAAAUGGGUCUCCAAGAUUGUGCUGAUAGGUUAAUUGGGAACUGGCACUUGAGGGGUAUAAGCGGUGGGGAAAAGAAGAGAGUAAGCAUAGCCCUUGAAAUCCUCACAAGGCCCCAACUCUUGUUUCUCGAUGAACCUACAAGUGGCCUAGACAGCGCUUCAGCAUUUUCUGUGGUACAAACUCUUAGGAGUGUUGGCCAUGAUGGCAGAACAGUUAUCUCUUCAAUCCAUCAACCAAGCAGUGAGGUCUUUGCACUUUUUGAUGAUCUAUUCCUACUAGCUGGUGGUGAAGCAGUGUAUUUUGGAGAGGCAAAAAUAGCGGCAAAGUUCUUUGCUGAAGCAGGAUUUCCAUGUCCAACUCGAAGAAAUCCUUCUGAUCAUUUUCUUCGCUGCGUUAAUUCAGAUUUUGACAAUGUUGCAGAGACCUUGAAGGGAAUGCAUAGAAUAUCUGAAUUUCAAAAUACCUUGGAUCCUUUGACAAACUUAACAACAGCUGAGAUCAAAACGUUGCUUAUCGAGAAGUACAAGUCAUCAGAGUAUGCUGCAAGGGCAAAAGCAAGAAUUCAAGAAAUUUCAACCAUUGAAGGACCUGUGGUUGAAGAACAAUAUGGAAGCCAAGCAAAAUGGUUGAAGCAACUCUCAACAUUGACACACAGAUCUUUUGUGAACAUGUCUAGGGAUGUAGGGUACUACUGGUUAAGGAUAGCAAUCUAUGUGCUGUUAUCUAUUUGUGUUGGUACCAUCUUUUUUGAUGUUGGAACAAGAUACAGUUCAAUAUUAGCACGAGGGGCAUGUGGCGGUUUUAUAUCAGGUUUCAUGACGUUUAUGUCUAUAGGAGGAUUCCCAUCCUUCAUUGAAGAAAUGAAGGUUUUCUCUCGAGAAAGGCUCAAUGGACAAUAUGGGAUUGCUGUUUAUGUUCUCUCAAAUUUCUUCGCUUCAUUCCCAUUCUUGACAGUGAUGUCUCUCUCUACAGCAUCAAUCACUUACUACAUGGUGAAAUUUAGGCCAGGAAUUUCACAUUUUAUAUAUAUCUCUCUUGAUCUUACUGGCUGCAUUGCAGUUGUAGAGAGCUGCAUGAUGAUGAUAGCUUCAUUAGUUCCCAACUUCAUGCUGGGAUUGAUAAUUGGUGCUGGUUACAUAGCAGUUAUGAUGAUGACAGCAGGGUACUUUCGCUUGAUCCCGGAACUUCCAAAGAUAUUUUGGCGCUACCCUGUUUCCUACAUCAACUUUGGAGCAUGGGGGUUACAGGGAGCAUACAAGAAUGAUAUGGUGGGGCUUGAGUUCGAUCCAUUAGUACCUGGUGGACCCAAACUGAAAGGUGAUCUGAUCCUCACAACCAUGCUUGGAAUUAAUCUGGAUCAUUCAAAGUGGUGGGAUCUUGCAGCAAUUACAAUCAUUCUGAUAGUUUACAGACUUCUAUUCUUUGUCAUUCUCAAGUUCAGGGAAAGAGCAUCACCUUUGUUUAGAACACUUUAUGCCAGAAGAACUUUACACCAUCUCAAAAAGAGGCCUUCUUUUAGGAAAAUACCAGCUUUUCCUUCCAAGAGGCACCAAGUUCUCCAUUCACUGUCUUCUCAAGAGGGUCUUAAUUCUCCAAUGCACUAGCUGAACUGAACCGGACCUGCAAGUUAUAAGUGUUAUAGUAAUACUCAAGAGUCAAGACUCUGACUAGAUCUCAGAAACAAUGGGAAGGGAAAGGAAGAUCAUAGAAUUACUUAGCUUUGUUAUGAACUAUUACAACCAUCCUUUUCCUAGCCCCAUCCUGCCCAUGAAUCUACGAAAGGGCUAUUACAAUGAAAGUGUUGACCUAUCACAAUUAAAUAUAGGCUUUUAAAAACACUAGCCAGUACCGGUGAUAGGUUCGAGAGCAGGGAAAGCACGUGCAUGUCAAUAUUAUUAUUUUAAAAAAAAGGGAAAAGAAGAAGAAGAAGAAGUUACCCUGAAAUCUGAAUCAUGCAAAAACCAUCCUACAAAGGAUAUUGUCAUGAUACAAAAUAGAAGAUUACAAUGUUCUUUAUAGAAGAUUCUAAGAUAUGCAUAUUACUUAUUGCAGAUCCUUCCUACACAGGAUAUUGUCAUAACAUGUACUGAAUAUCAUUAUAUG